GGCCACCCAGGUCUUUCUGUCUGCGAAGUCAUUGACAAAGAGUUUCUCACCACGCUCCCAUUCGGCCAAGUCUUUCUGGCCCUGACGUUUCUUGGACGCGGCGACUUGCUGGCAGAAGAGAGACCGCCAUCGAAUACUUUAACAAAAUUCUGGGACCGCCAUCUCCUUUUAGCGUGCUUCUUCCUUUUCAAUGGCACACUAGCCACUACCAGCUGAGCUUAGUCUUCUAACACCAAGUCAGUUGGGCCUUGAUAUUCCUACUCCAGAGCUCGCAUCCCAGUUCACGGGAAACACGGCGGUAGGAGCUCAGAUGGCUGCGGCGGUUUUGCACGUUUCGUCACCAGGAAGCGGUACGCCGCGACAAUCAUGUGAGGAACGGCAAUCGUGUGAGGGCGACGAAUCGCCGGCGUCCACGGGCGAGCAAUCGCCGGCGACCACGGGCGAGGCGACCACGGGCGAGGAAUCUCCGGUGACCGCUACUCCAGCUUCCCAUGCUCAAGCCCUCCCCAGCGACUGGCGUGCCCGGAUUCAAGCUUCCGACGCUUCAAGCUUCACAGGGUCCGAGGGGGAGCGACUACCCGCUCGGGCCGUUCCCGGCGACUGUCUUGCCAGAAUCCAAGCUUCCGACGCUUCCAGCUUCACAGGUUCCGAGGGGGAGCGACUACCCGCUCAAGCUCUCCCCAGCGACUGUCUUGCGAGCAUUUUCAGCCAUCUAACGGACGUUAGAGACGUGGCACGAGCGGGCGCCACGUGUCGCUCCUGGUGGCGCUGCUACAGCGACGUCGUUCGCAAGUCAGUGAGCUGCCUGAGUCUGGCGCCGAACCCGCUCUCGCUGGAGUGGGAGCCGUUGUACAGCCGGCCGUUGUUCCCGCCGCCGCCACUUGUCAACCAGCCGUUGUUUCGGGAUUCUUUGGUCAGGCAGCCGUUGCUACGGCAGCUGUGCCUCCAGAAUGUUCGUCCAGAUUCAACGAAUCAGCUGCUGAAUCUGACCGGUCUUACGGCACAGGGCGAAUCCGCCGGUUUGUUUAUGGAUGAUGGUCAAGGAUCCGCCGGUUCCUCUAUAAAUGGUCGAGACUUGCGCUGCUGCUUGGAGGAUCUUCAAAGGUCCCCUUCGCUGCGACCAAGAGUCGAUGAAGCCAUGGCCGCUUAUAUCGGAGCAUCAGCAACGCUCCCUUUACUCUCGGGCGAAAGCUGCUUGAAUUCCCGAACAUCACGCUCCUUGGCUCUAUCCUCGUUACAAGACGUUCUUCGUCUCGACACCCCUCCGAGUACCAUAUCUUGGCCGCUGCACCGCGUUGCCUCAAUGCUGCGAAGCUUCCCACUGCUCGCAUCCCUCCACCUCCCGUUUCUAUCACAUAUCGGUGCUGGCUCCACCCAGGAUGGCAUUGAACCCGAGUGUCACUAUAUUGACGCCGUCUGCCGCCUGGUUGCGAGCUGCUGCCCGUCCCUCCGCCAUUGUCACAUCCAAUUCGGCCGGCGACUUCAAGGCGGCAGAACGAGCCAACACCCGUUACUAGUCACAGGCACUAACUCCCGCUCCCAACCACGUACAGUCACUCCCUUCGUCAAUCAAGAAUUUGCAGAUCCAAACGACAUCCAUUCAAGUCUGGCUGAGAUCAUCACAGAUUCAGACAACAACCCCCACUCUAACCCUCCUUCAAACCCACAUCUCGGCCUUGCUUGGCUUUUCCACAAGUGCCCAAGCCUCGUCUCCCUCCACCUCAUCAGCUCCAGCGCCUCCCCCGCCUGUCUCGACCUCUCGCCGUCCCUCAUCCCUCUCUUUUCGCGCCUCACUCGCCUCUCUCUCUCCCUGAAAACCAUCCCUCCCUCGCUCCUUCCCUCCCUCACCGCACUCAACUCCCUCACCCUCCACGUGUCCGACCCUGCCUGCCCCGUCACCUGCUCCUCCGCCCCGUUCACUCGCCUCUCGUUAUUGUCACACCUGGAGCUACGUCUCGGUCCUAAUUGGGCGACAGCGUACCCAGUCCCCCGGCUCUUCCAGGACAUGUUUUCCGGGCUGCAGGCGUCGCUCACCUCCCUCUCUCUCACCCUCCCGUUUGUAGCACACCUGCCAGUGUCACUCUGGGAGCUGACGUCUCUCCGCUCGCUCUGCAUCAUCAAUCCGGCGUUUCAUCCUGGCGUGCAGAGGCCUGAGUACAUGUCCGGGGUUUCCGGCUUGCGGCAUUUGACCUGUCUGCAGCUGCUGGGCCAUACUGUGCCUGGGCUAGUCAUGGGGGCUCUUGGGGGGGAUAAUCAGGAGGAAAGGAACGUCGGGGACGACCAGGGAGAGCAGGUGCUCGGGAAUCCUGUCCCGGGGCUAGUCCUGGGGGCACUAGGAGGGGGUGUUCAGGAGCAAGGGAGCGUUGGGGAGCAGCGGCAGCAGCAGCAGCAGCAGCAGCAGGGACGCGGCCAGGCGAGUGGAUUGCAGCUGACUCAGCUUCGCAUGUCUCGCGGCACGGUGGCAGUGCUGAAGGCAGAGCUCGUGAUCCGCCAACCGGAAGCCCCACAAGGCACAGCAGCAUUGCAAGGGGCGGAGGGUGACGGGGCGGGCGAGGGGGCGGGUGAGGGGGCGGGUGACGGGGUGGGUGCGGGGGCGGGUGAGGGGGCGGGUGAGGGGGUGGGGGAGGAGAGACUGAUCGAGGAGCUGGAGGUGGAUGGGGACCUGCUAGCAGCUGCGGCAAAGAGAGGAGCCUUCCUGCCCCAUUCCCUCCGCGUCCUCUCUGUCACCCCAUCGCCAGCUGUCGCUCCCUCCUUCCUCCCCCAAACCGUCCGCCUGGACGUUUCUUCCCUGGCGUCCAUCAGCCUCCGGGUGCUGAAGAUCUCUGGUGUUUACCUAAGCACGAGGGGUAAUUCUGCGCUUGGGAGUGGCUGUGAUGCAUGUUUCUUCCCCAACCUGCUGCUGCUGGAGCUGAGAGGUGUGCAGACGUGGCAUGGAAAAGGCCUGAAGAAACCCCUGGUGAAGCUGGCACGGCUGGCACGUUCUGCAUCGCCCUUUAGCAAUUUCCGCCACCAGCUGCUGCAGCACUGCCCCAAUCUUCAGAUCUUGCAUAUGGACUCUCUUCCCCACUCCUCCCCGCUUCCUGUGCUGCGGAGCCUUGGAGUGCUGGUCAUUGGUUCGUAUGCUGACUCUGGCGCAUCCCUCGCUUCCCUCUCUCAGUUUGUGUCACUGCACACCCUUCGGUUCAAUGGCAUUCCCAGUGGUGUUAGUGGCGUGUUGGGUGGAACCAUCUCCUGUCCCCCGAAUCUACAGAGGCUGCAGAUUUGUGCGCAAGGCAUCACACAUCUUCCCCGCUUCACAUGGAAAUUCACGACGAUUACUCAGCUGGACCUAAUCAAUUUCUCCAAGCUGAAGACGUCUCCCGAAGACGUGUAUUCUCGUUUUCCUUCUCUUCAAUGUUUGAGAGUGGACGGUUUAAGGCGUUAGUUCUAAGAGGAGAUACUUAUGUGUUAUGUGGUCAUAAUGUACGCUACCGAUCAGCAGUCGUGGCUGUUGAAUCGGUGCAACUAGGACGGGUAUGCGCGCCUCUGAAGAGGAGGGAAGGUUCAAAUUGUCUGCCACAGCCAAGCAACCACCAAUGAACGAUGUCAGGCGCC